AUCCCAUCAUGCAGACAGCAUCUUGCUAUAUAAUCCUCCUCUUAUAAUAAAUCUAGUCUCAUAGCCACAGAAAGGCGUCGUCUUCAAUUAGUGAAGAGUGCAUGUAGCGAUCUCUUCCAAAAUGGCCUUAAGAAUACCGUCACGUGCCUUCCUCUAUCUCCGGACCAUCCCAAGAGUUCACCCAAGAAAUACUCUCAAUAUCUAUAGAUCUGUCAUCGACAUCCAGCGAAGGGCCCUUCAAACAAGCCGCAAGCCAACGCAACCACCGGUCGAAGUUUCAAAAAUAAAACCCAACAUCCUGUCCAAAUUCAUCAAACAACAUCCGAUCCUCUUCACAGCCAUCAUCGGCAACACAACCCUGCCUCUACUCCUCGCCGCCUUCACACCCCUCGGUUUAUCAUGGCUUGGGUUCGGCGCUAAUAUUGAUCCAGAACAUGGCUAUAGUGGUAUGCAUCAGUUAAAUCUAUUGCUAGAAUUAGCAAGAAUAAGAUGCAAUACAUUCAGCUUCCACGAUUUUCGAUCUUCCAAUUUAAUAAUAGCCGAGAGCGGCGGGGUUUUCGCUAUCCUGCAAAGUGCUGGAACUGGGGGGUCUGGAUUAGCGACAGUAAGGAUAUGGGUUUGGAGCAUUUCAAGCAUCUUGUUUUGGAAUGCGACGGGUCCGGUGCUAAUCAAGACGCUUAGGAGAGAUAAGAAGAAGAGGAACGUUAUGGGAGGAAUGCUAGUUGCAGUGUUACAAUACCAGAUUAGCCUCUUAGUCCCACGGAAGACAUUCUAUUUUCUUUACCUCGAUGAUCUCCCACUCUGGCAUGUUCUCUUUUUGGCCAUCACUUUAAUCCACGACCGCCUUAGCAUUCAGCUCCUCUCCUUCGCCUUCUUGAUUUACUAUCUCCCAAACACUAAGCUCCUCCUUCUCUCCUCUCCCUCCUACUCCCCAUCCUCCCCACUCUGCUUCUCCCACCACCUGACUAACCCCUAA